AUGCUCGACAUCGGGCCGCCACCCGAUGGUGGGCGCGACGCCUGGCUUGUCGUUCUCGGUUGCUUCCUCCAUCUGUUCUGCAUUUUUGGCCUCAUCACAUCAUACGGUCAGCUCGUGCCAUACUACAUCACCCACCAGCUGGCGGGGUAUAGCCGCUCCACAGUGUCAUGGGGCGGCACCAUCCAGACCUUCAUGGUGUUCGGAUUCAGUGUGUUCAUGGGACGCUACUUUGACGUACAUGGCGCGCGUACUCUCGUCAUCUCUGGAACGGCGCUCGCGACCAUUGCGCUCAUAGGACUGGCGUUCUCAAAGGAGUUCUAUCAGAUCCUCCUCUCCCACACAGCAUUUGGGUUGUCUGGUGGCAUCGUGUACUCGCCCGCCACUGCUGUCGCUGGCCACUGGUUUCUCAAGCGCCGCGCCGAAGCUGUCGGCUUCAUUGUCGCUGGGUCUGGCCUAGGCGGCGUCGUCUACCCGAUCAUGCUCAAGGAGCUGCUGGAGCGGUUGUCGUUUCGUAACACUAUCCUCAUCAUCAUGGGCUUCAACUUCGUGCUCAUGCUUCCCGCCUGCUUCUGGAUGAAGGCGCGCCUACCGCCUCGCAGGCCACCACCCAUUUCGUCACUGAAGAAGCCGUGGCGCGAAGGUCGCUACGUCUUUCUCUGCCUCGGCACGGCGUGCUACGCCAUGAACAUUAUGUCUCCAUACUUCAACGCUGGCGUGCUGGCACAAAGCAACAAGACGUCUCCCGAGAUUGUGUCUUACGCGGUCGCGAUCUUGCAGGCAGGAUCAUUUGUCGGGCGUAUUGGCGCCGGCCGCCUCGCGGACCGAUUUGGUGUGUGGCUUGUCUUCGGCACCAUCCCAUUCUUAACGUCCCUUACGCUCUUCGCGUUUUGGGUCGGCCCUGUCGGCACCGCGCCGACCAUCAUCGGCCUCAUUCUUUACGGCGCGUUCUCGGGCGGGUGGUUCACCCUGGCCGCCGCGGCAACCGCCGCCAUCAGCCCCAUUGAGGAGAUCGGGAGCCGCAUCGGCAUGAUGUGGAACGGCAUCGCGAUUCCAAUGCUCAUUGGACCGAUCGUAACUGGUCGACUUAUCGAGACACGGAACAAUACGUUCAUGUACGCCGGCAUUUGGACGGGGUGUACCAUGUUCCUCUCUGGGUGUCUCUCGGUCGGACCGAUCGCCGUGGCGUUCCUCCGCCGUCAUGCUCGUACAGAGGCAAAAGACGACGACGUAGAGACCAGUGGCACGGCUGCACCUACCGAGGAGACUGCAGUCUCGGAGGCAACGGUCUCCGAUCCAACCAAGCUUGAGGUGCCGCGGCACAUCGAGAGCCCGCUGGCGUCUCCGGCAGCGGAGAAACCAUCACGACCUUAG